AUGAGUGAAACGUCAGGGCAAUUAGAUUUCAAAUCGGUGGCAUAUUUAUUAAGAAACUCAAUAAAAGAGAUAAGACUGCGUUUUGGAAUUUUGCAAAUGGAGUCUCAAGUUGAAAAGUUGGAUAUAACAACGGAUCCAGAGCACCCUUUUGAUAAUGUGAUAAAUUCAUUUUUCCCCAUUGACUCGAUUUUGGAGUUCAAUACUACUACUCGGUUAUCUGAGGAUAGUGGCAGUGGCAGUGGCAGUGGCAGUGGCAAUUUGACGACACACCAAAUCGUGGGUAGGUAUGCUUCAUUUAGCCCCAUUUUGAAUAACGAGUUAAAGUCCAAAUACAGAAUAUUGCCAAGUAAUGCAUGCACCGAGAUUGACUUGAAUGAUUUGCACAAUGAACAAGAGUAUAGACAUAAAGUGUUGAUUGUUUUACGAGGAGAUUGUACGUUUGUGGAUAAGGUAACAAACAUUUUGAACUCGGAAUUGGAUUCAACGGCAAUAAUCAUUGCCAAUAAUGAGCCGUACAAGGGACUAAUUACGAUGUUUUCAAAUGCAUUCAACCAAGACUACUCGUUGGAAACUCCAAUCAUGUUUAUCACUUUUGAGGAUUAUAAACUUCUCAAGCUGUUGGAGAAAGAAAGCUUAGUAUUGAGAAUUACAACCGCGUAUCUUGGCAGUUGGUUCACGCUUUUAAUGUCCAUGGUGUUUUCGCCACCACUAUUAAUUGUUAUUUUCUACUGCUUUAUUGUUUGUGGACAAAAGAUUAAAAAGUUUCAGGUUAGCCGUAAGAAUGCGCAAAUGGUGAGAGAUCUUCCUGUUUAUAUCUACAACAUUGAUCACUUGAUAAAAGAGACAAAUUUUUCAACAUACUUGAAGGCUACAGGUCAAACAAACCAGAUACCCGAAAUUGAGAAUGACAACGCUGCAGCAAUCUAUGAAUCGCCAACAUCUUCUCCAAAUCGAUCCACUACAUCGGUGCAUCAAUUUAUUGUUGGGGGCAUUGAUCUCAAAAACUCAAAAGUACCUUUACAAGUGCUUUUUCUGCCCGAAAAGUUUUUCAAGUCUUACAAGUGCUCUAUUUGCUUGGAAAAAUAUAUUCCUUUAAAGUCAAAAGUCUUGGUUCUAGACUGCAAACAUUUCUUCCAUCAAUAUUGUCUAUCUAAUUGGCUUAUUAACUUUAGAAGAAUAUGUCCAUUGUGCAACUCAAUGUUGCUGCUGCUGCUGCUGGUGCAACAACAACAGUCAAAUUUACUUGCUGGUCAAGAAGAAGAAAAUUAUGGAUCAACUUUAGAUUUAGAAAGAGGAGAUGAGCCACUGGAGAUGUCAUCAGCAACAGAACAAAGAAGAGAGGUAGUAGCAUCCACAUCAAUACCACCACCACCACCACCACCACCAUCCAAUAUAUCCACCAGCAUUUUUAGUCAACAUUUACAAUCAGCACAGAGAGAAUUACUUGGGAAUAUUACUCUUUUACCACCAAGACCGCUAUUGAUAGCUCGGCCACUGACACUACUAAAUCAAUGUAAUGUCAAUUCAAAAUUUGACAGAGAAGAGUUAAGCACGAGUAUCGACUCAGGUAACGGCAAGUAG